AACUUAAAGUUAAAGGAGCAACUUAUUUCCAUUGCGAUAAAUUGACGCACCAAGACUUACAAAAAGCAAAGGUCGCUCUUAUCGCAUCAACUCAAACGCGCUACUUCAGCCGCGAUAUAGAAUUACUAAGAGAAUUGAAGCCUAUUGAUAAAAAAAACUCACUCUUAGUUCUAAACCCAUUUCUAGAUACGAAGGGUUUACUUCGUGUGAAUGGUCGGCUUGCUAAUUCAAGCCUAGCGUACAAUGAACGCCACCCUAUAAUCAUACCAGAGAGGUGUCCGUUUGCCACUUUAUUCAUUAGAUAUAUCCACAUACUAAUGCUCCACGCCGAACAUCGCCUCAUGCAACAUAUGGUCCGCCAAGAGCUGUACAUACCCCGACUGAAGCCCCAAAUAAAGAAGUGCAUUUUCAUGUGCAAAAUCUGCACUAUGCAUAAGCAGAAAAUGCGAUCACAGAUUAUGGCAGCACUUCCACCGGAACGCUGCAAUUUUGCUCUGCCUUUCACCACUACAGGUGUAGAUUUUGCUGGGCCUUUUAUGAUUAAGGCAUCCAUGCUAAGGUCUCCUACCCUCAUGAAAGGCUAUGUGGCUGUCUUUGUCUGUUUUACGACAAAAGCAGUACACCUUGAGCUAUGUACCAGUCUGACCACGGAGGCUUUUCUCGCGGCAUUUGCUCGCUUCGUCGGAAGACGUGGCUUUCCAUCCAAAAUCAUGAGCGAUAAUGGCAAAACAUUCAUUGGAGCUCAACGAGCCACAGAGAAACAGUUUGUCGAUUUCUCUAAACAAAUAUUACCUGACAUCGUACAAAAGUACGCACCCCAAGGUAUCAAUUGGCAGUUUAUCCCCCCAAGCGCUCCACAUAUGGGUGGCUUAUGGGAAUCUGCCGUAAAAAGUUUCAAAUCUCAUUUUAAAAAGAUAGCUAACAACCACAAAUUUACUUACGAAGAAUUCACGACCCUCUUAAUUAGAAUUGAAGCCGUUCUUAAUUCACGGCCUCUCGCUGCACUCUCGCAAGAUCCCUCAGACUUUACUGCCCUCACGCCAGGGCAUUUUCUUAAAGGAGCGCCCAUUCUGGCCACACCUGAGCCAGGCGUGGAGUCGCUUUCCUUAUUAAACCGUUGGGAAAGAAUUAAAAUUCUCCAUCAUGACUUCAGUCGUCGAUGGAAAGAUGAUUAUUUAAAGGACCUCCACAGAAGGUACCGAUGGAAAACAACAGAAAAUGCGCCUAAGCUUGGAGAUUGUGUCUUGAUCAAUGACGAUUGUCUCCCCCCAACCGAAUGGCGGCAUGGCCGCAUAGAGAAGCUCUACUACGGCUCCGACGGUCAUAUUCGCGUAGUCGAUCUCCGCACUCAAACGGGAACACUAACCAGGCCGCUCGUGAAGCUAUGCUUUUUGCCAACCGCCGAUAAAACCGAAAAGUAAACCGAAAAUAACGUAACCGUAAUUAAUAAACAAAGAAACGAAACAUAAAUAAUGAUAAAAUGCUCCAAUAUCAAUAACUAGCAACAAAAACCAAAAAAAGGGAGUCGAUCCACAUGACGACUCACUCGUGCCACAUUUCGUGGCACCAAUGCCUAUAUGAAUAUAUAUAUGUAUGUAUAUAUUAAUUAAAAUCAAAUCUUUUAACAGAUAACAAUGGAUGCCGAGAUGCCAACUGCGCCCACGCCCACAAUACGUUCGGCAGCUACUGUUCCGCGCUCGAAGACUGCACCAGUCGCAGCACCGCGAACCACCAUAGCCCCCGCAGCUCCCCGAGCAGUUUCAACGGCUCCACAAAACGACACGCGAUCAACGGCUCCGGAACCACCUUAACUCGAAUGCGCCCUAUGUCGCCGCCGUCAUCGGUUGCCACGCUGUGGCAUCUUCAAGGGGAUGACCCCUCAGCAACGCCAGCAAGUCGCUCAGGCACAUGGACAUUGCCUGAAUUGUCUGGCGCCCACCCAUCUUACGCAGGAGUGCACAACGGGCUACCAGUGCCAAGUAUGUAUGCGUCACCACCAUACUCUACUACACCGCACUGGCGUAAUCGAUGGCGGGCGUCAUGAUGCUCCUCACAACCGCAAUGCCAUCAGAAGACCCAAGCGAUCGCAACCACGCAGGCCGGCAUACCCGACGGAGGGCUCACGGUCCUGGCGUCACCGCAAUCCUCCACCGAACCGGAGGCGCCAGCCAAGGCCGCAAUCGCGCCGUUCUACAGGCCUCAGCAACGUGGUAGCCACGUUACAACGGCUUCAGAGGCUACUAGGCUAGAUACUCGCCUAGGGGGGCCAGGAUGUACAAAUGAGCAUCCUCCCCCGACCUCAACACACACACCACAUCGAUUCACACUUUCAUCACUAACACGCAACCUUCACCACACCACACCUCAUCGAUUCAAACUUACAUCACUAACACGCAAUCUUCACCACACCACACCACACUUAUAACCCACAUUCUACACGAGAACGACACACACCAACACCUAUACUCACACACAUAUGCUGAAUAGGAUAUUCAGCACCAACGGGGAUAAAGAAGGACCGAUUACCAGAUUCAGUUCAGUUCGUUCUACGACAUUCGCAGCGAUCGGUCCACUCUAUCCGCCAUUCCUUUUGCGAAAUCAACCGCGUCAUUACAUAGUGAAUUAUAAUCCAGUUUAUAUUAAUUUUCCUUUUAAGGCACAGUGCUUAUAUAAGGCCAUAAAGCCUGGUGCGAAUAAAAGCGAGACCAACCGUUGUUCUGCGAUAUUUAAGUGCGUUUUUUUUAAUUUUUGGUAAAGCGAAUAAAAUUACAUACAAGGUGAGUGCACUAUUCUAACAAAUUGUGUGGAUAUUUCUAACCACAAUUUAUCCAAAACGAACCUGUUGUGGUGGUUUGGAUCUUUUUGAUCCCAGAUUGCUGGUUUCAAAAAUAUUGCACUUAUUAAGUCUUCCGUGUCCAUCAUCGAUAAGAGCGAAGAAAUUACUGACCUACAAUUUCUACGCUCUUAUCUAUGAUAGCCAGCAAAGAGUGAGUUCGCGCGCUACUCCGACAUGCACACUUGUAUUAAAUUACAUGUAUCAAUUUUCUACGCUUCGCUCUCAUCGACGCUCUUAUCGCUUAUCGCAGCUCCGACAUGCACGCAGCCUAAUAAAUAUAUUCUUGCAACAUAGAGAGAGAGGAAGAGUGAAAAGCUAAUAUUUAAAAUUGAAAAAAAUGCCAUUAUUAUCGAGCUAUGUAGUGUGUAUGUAUAUACAUGGUGAGGGACUCAGAGGGGCGAAAUGAGGGAAAUAAAAAAACCAACAACUGACAGCUAAAAUAAUUGUGCAUUCUGACGUUUCACGGUGUUUUUUUUUGUACCGUGGCAACUUUUGUGAAAUAAGUUGGGUUCAACAACACGAUACAGUUAUUCAAUUUGCCGCAAUUGUGUACAUUUCUUUGUUGGAUUCAAUCGGCGAAGUUUUGAGGACGCGCUUUUCUAAAGAAGUAUUGGAUAGAUUUCAACUGAGUUUGCUGCUUCCAAAAAAUAUAUGGACUUUGAAAACCAACGAUAGAAUCAAAAUCUUUUGGAUUUUUUUUUUCAACAUUCCUUUUUUUAUUGGAUCUGCUUGGUAAAGCCUAACAAUAAGUAUUCAAAUCAAAUGGUUGGGCUUUUCUUGGUAGAACGUUGCUCUCUAAUAGGCUGGUAGACCACUUCUUUCAGACAUAGGAUGUUCGCGAAGUUUAGAAAUAUAUCUCAUACUGCUGUCCUCUAUAUCCUUAUUUACCAUAGGAAUAUCAAAAUCUUCAUGAAUGUUUUUAUUACGCAUGUUCCAUGGUGAACCCGGGAUUGUUCUAAGCGUUUUGGGGUUUCGACUCGGUUUUAUGAUUUCAAAGUAUAACAAUACUUUGUUGUCUAGGCUAAGUUUAGAAUUUUUGUGUAAAAGCCAAUUUAAAUUUGAUACUCUCAACUCCAUGCAAGUUAUUUUACUCGCUAUGUGUUUUCGCCACGUGAGCCUUUGAUUCAGGUGAAUCCCAAAAUAAGUUACUUCAUUCCCUUGGCGUAUUAGGACAUUGUUUAUUUUAACUGUCCGAUUCGUUUCUGGUCUUACUGAGAAUGUAACAUGCUUGCAUUUCUGCUUACUAAUAUUUAUACGCCAAGCCCUAGCCAUUCUUCGACAAAUGUUAAGUGCUGCUUUAAUACUCUUGAUGCUCUGAUGGGGCAUUUGCUGCGGCUUACUAGAGCUGUGUCAUCCACGAAAGUGGAUGUUAAUACAUUAGUAGCUGUUGGAAUGUCUGCUGUCCCUGAGGUACACCAGCUUAUUACUCGUUCUUCUGGUAUGAAGUCUGCUACUUUAACUGUAAUUUUCCUGUUUCCAAAGUUUUAUACAGUUCGUAAGGUAAAACUUUUUUGAUUUUCCAUAAAAGGCCUUUAUGCCAGACUUUAUUGAACGCCUGAGCUACAUCUAGAAAAAAUCUGAAUAGUACUCUCUGUUCUCGAAUGCUUUCUUGAUUUCAUUGGUAAUUCUAUUUACUUGCUCUACAAUGCCAUGUUUAGCACGAAAACCGAAUUGGUGCGUUGGUAUUAUAUUAUUUUCUUGGAGGAAAGGAGGCAUCCUUAAUAGUAACACUUGUUUUUAUGUUGCCAAUAUACAUAUGUAGCUGCAUUAGUUAUUACAUCAUUAAAUUCUCUUAUACUUUCGCCAAUGUCUCUUCCUGUAUUUAUUUUGCAAUCAAUAUUGAUAUGGCAACUGAUUAUUUUCUAUACUUCAAUCAGUUAGUUUCAUGAGAUGUUAGAUAAAAUUCUGGCUCAAAUAUCAUGGGCUUUUAGUGUAACUUUAUUAGUACAGGUGAAUGAUCAGAUCUGGUAUUAUUUUUUUUAUCACUAGGCCAAUAUGUCGGCUUACUAGGAGAUAUUAAUCCAGAUUAUUAUUCUUAUUCAAAAUGCUGUAAUACAGCUGUCGUUCUUUCGGAGUAAUAUGACGUGAGCCCCAGUACGUGUGUUUUGCGUUGUAAUCUCCACCUACUAGAAAUCUUUGACCUGGCGUUCCAAAAGAGUGCUUCUUCGAAUGGUUGGUUGGUGAUACAAGUUUACAGCAGGCAUUAGGAACCUUGUCAAAAAGGUCGCGCAGAGUUUGGGUGAAUCUGCUUCACAGACGACACUCAAACCUUUCCAAUUUGCUGGUGUGACGUAAAAUAACGUAACAUUCUGUGUAUAUUUACAUAGGUACUUGAUUAAGUUGUAUAAAAUGUGCGUCGCUUGGCCAAUCACACUACAUUGGCAGAGCCUUUGCAAAUACGAUUCAACAACACCAUGUUUGCAACCAUUAUGCUAAUUGUUCGUUUAAUGGCCAUUUAUAAAUAAAGAACAGUUUUUACAGUCACUUCAAUCCAGAACAAUAAAAUAUAUCACAAAAUGUUGGGUGAACACUUUGAACAACAAAUGCACCAACUUUUUGUACAGCAUUUGCAGACGAGCAAUUAACUACUUUCACCAACGCGGAGGCUUUGAAGAAAUUAUUGGGUAUGAUUUACACAAAAAGUCAGGCCAUUGCGACGAGUCCGUCGGCGGAAUCUGUGAAAAAAGAGCGAUUUACCAAUGCCUGAAGGUGUUAUAUCAAAACUUGACAAAAUAUAUUGGUGACAAUUUAGAAUAAAGUGAGAGAAUGUAUACAUGUGUAGUCAUUAAAGUCUCAACUCUGAGGGUACUGGACUUUAUCUACUUCAAAGCAAGAUUUAUCACAGUGUGUUUUGAAAGCGAAGCCAAGAAAUUUGCAUAACUCUCUUGCGUGAGUGUCAGCUGGAGCGCAGCAGACAUUUGAGACAAAAAGUAAAUAAAUUUGUAGAAUUAAUUCUUCUUCUUCUUCUUUACUGGCGUAGACACCGCUUACGCGAUUAUAGCCGAGUCAACAACAGCGCGCCAGUCGUUUCUUCUCUUCGCUACGUGGCGCCAAUUGGAUAUUCCAAGCGAGGCCAGGUCCUUCUCCACUUGGUCCUUCCAACGGAGUGGAGGUCUUCCUCUUCCUCUGCUUCCCGCGGCGGGUACUGCGUCGAAUACUUUCAGAGCUGGAGUGUUUUCAUCCAUCCGGACAACAUGACCUAGCCAGCGUAGCCGCUGUCUUUUAAUUCGCUGAACUAUGUCAAUGUCGUCGUAUA